CAGACCACGAAUCUGCUUUCUGUCCCUGUGGCUUUGCUGUUCUGGAGGGGCAAAUGUGAGCUGCCCAUACAUGGAAUCAAACAGUAUGUGUCUUUUGUGUCUGGCUUCUUUCAUUCAGCAGGGGGUUUUCUCUGUCCGUCCUGUUGCAGUGUGCAUCGUGCAUCAGCACCGUCUUGCUUUGUACAGCUGAGGCUCUCCAUCACAUGGAGUUCGUCUUCCCAUGGCCAUUUGUGUCAUUUCCACAUUUUGGAGGCUGUGCAAAUAGUGUUGCUGGCAGCUUCCAUGUUUUGGUGUGAACCCCUGUUUUCAGUACUUGUGGAGUGGAGUUGCUGAGUUAUAUGGUUAUUAUGUGUGUAUGUUAUCUAGGAACAAGGUAAGUAUAUUUGGCUUUGGUUUACACACUUAGUAAUUGGUAGAACUGUGGUCUUUUUUUUUUUUUUUUUUUUUUUAAGAUUUAUUUAUUUGAAAGGCAGAGGUACAAGAAGGAGGGGAGACACACAGAGAUCAUCCAUCCGCUGGUUCACUCCCCAAAUGGCCACAAUGGCUGGGGCCGGGCCAGGUUGGAGCCAGGAGCCAGGAGCUUCUUCCAGGUCUGCCCCGGAUGCAGGGGCCCACUUGGCGUCCAGUGGAGCCCAGAGUGUCGCUCCUGAGGUUCCCGCCCAGGGUGAAGGCAGCCAUUCUGAGGAGGAAGGCCUUGCUGGGGACGAGGAGGAGUCCGACGGGGAGCCGACUGCCUGGGAGGUGCCGGAGGGCAGGCGCUGCUGGCCCACAGAGCACAGCGCCGAGCUUUGUAGCGAGGACUGGGACCUGGAGUUGCAGGCGGAGCAAGGGAAUCCCUACGAUGCCGACGACAUCCAGGGGAGCAUUUGUCAAGAGGUGAAGCCCUGGGCGUGCUGCGCCGCGCGGGGAGACAUGAUCUACGACCCCAGCUGGCACCACCCGCCGCCACUCAUCCCCCAUUAUUCCAAGAUGGUCUUCGAAACAGGACAGUUUGACGAUGCUGAAGACUGACAGGGCGCCUCCCGCCCUGGGAGCAGACGGCUCUUUGGCCGUCCCUGAGGUGAGAGGCCAUGCCUGAGCCGACUCGGCCAGUGCCCUGCGUCCGGGGUGCACGGACUGGUGCGAGAUAAGGCCCCACCACUUUCCUCACUCCUGUUGCUGUUUUUAACGGACUCCUCCUCGGAACGUGCGGACCUCACAUCCGCGUCAGGAGGAGACAUGCUCUUGUGUGUUUAUAAGUAAAGGCAGGAAAAACAGUCCAUAGCUCCGUCUCCGUUUUUUUUUUUCCCCUUUUCACUGAGAUGCUUUUGAGCAAGGCCUGGCUGCUUCACUAAAGCCCACGAGUUGCAUUUAAGGGUUGACGUACCAGGAGACUUAAAACUGCUCCGAAAGAAAAAAAAAGGAAGCAGUUUUGGCACUGUGGAUGCAAGGUUGGGCUCCAGGAGACAGGUGACUUUGUGGCUGUCUCUGUGCCUGUUGAAGGGAAAACCAAACCUUUGCUUCAAGAUCAAGGGCUUCCUGUAGGAUGGGAAACUAAAUGGCACUGGCUACGGCACCUUAGUUGACAUGUAACCCUGUUUUUCCGUCUAAUCCUUAGAGUUAAGAUACAAAGUCACUUUUAUUUUUGUAUAUAUUUCAUUUUAUUUUCUUGGUUAACAUUUGUCCUAUUUCUUUGCUACAUUUAUCCUAUGUUUUAAAAUUUGUCUGCAAAAAAAAAAAAAAAAAAAAGAGAGAGACAGAGAAAGGUCGUCCAUCCUCUGGUUCAGUCCCCAGAGGCCUGCAGUAGCUGGGUCUGGUCCCUGAAGCCAGGAGCUGGAAUCCAUCCGCGUCUCCCACAGUGGGUGGUAGGGACCUAACUAGUAGAGCUGUCACCUGCUGCCUCCCUGGGUGUGCAAUAGUGGGAAGAUAGAAUUGGAAGUGGAGCCAAAACUUGAAUCCUGGCACUCCUGUGUGGGAUGUGGGAGUUGCUAGCGGGGUCUUAAUCCCUGCAUAGAAUCCUUUCCCAUAUUUACCUCUAAAAUUUUGGAGGUGAGGCAUGCAAGACUCAAAAUGUGUGUAUGUAUAUCUAUGUGUAUGUGUUUAAAGAUUUUAUUUGCUUGAGAGGUAGAGUUACAGACAGAGGGAGAGUCAGAAAGAUAUCCCAUCCACUGUUUCACUUCCCAGUGUAUGUGUGUGUGUGUUUUUUAAAGAUGUAUUUUAUUUAUUUGAAAGGCAGAGUUACAGAGAGGAGAGAGAGAAGUCUUCCAUCUGCUGAUUCACUCCCUAAAUGACCAACAUGGUCACGGUUGGGCCAGGCUGAACUCAGGAGCCUGGAAUUGCAUCCAGGUCUCCCACGUGAGUGGCAGAAGCUCAAGCACUUGGGCCAUCUGCUGCUGCUUUCCCAGGCACAUAACAGGGAGCUGGAUUGGAAGUGGAGCAGCUGUGUCAUGAACCGGCACUCAGGAGAAGCUGGAGUUGGCAGAUGGCAGCUUAACCCACUGUGCCACAAUGCCAGUCCCUGACUCAGAAUGUUUAAGAUCACGCAGUACAUGGCAGAACAGAGACCUAAAUGCAUACGUGCCCCUGUAAUCCAUUCCCUUGUUGGCCUUGCAAGCGUGACAGCAUAGCGGUGCCUGGGGCCAGGCCUUGGCAGGCUGUGAUCUAGGGUCAGGCCCUUUGCCUCCUUGCCAGACCUCCCUCCCUCCCUUCUGUCCAAGCUGAAUCGAGAAAAGGCUUCAGAUCUGAAAUCCAGCUGUACUUGAUGGCAGUGAAUCGAGCCUAGGUUAUCAUUUACGGGUGGCGCUGGGGACAUGAACAAGGCAGAGCCUCAGGAGAGAACAAGGCAGCUUUGGCUGUAGAAAGAGUGGCCCUUCCCCAUCCUUGCUAAAGGGGCACUUGGACACCACAUCCCCACGCCCUUCCUGCCUUCCUCCUCCCCCCAAGGUCACAGCUGGUGAGAGCAUGACCAUGUCUGGCAGGACGAGGUGAACUUGAAAAUGGAGCUAAGAAAUACAGGAUGGCAGAGUGGCUGAAAUGGCAAGGUUAAGUCCUUGAGAGGCUGCGUUGGCCCACGUGCAAGUUGUCGUUUAGGAGGCUGAAGCCGUGAUGGGAGGUGGUGGGAGUCCACGGGUGGUGGACAGAAGAAAAGUGCUGUGAAAAGUGGGCGUGCCUGAGUCGCCGCUGGGAUCCAUGCAGAGGUGUGGGUCUGGGACCCUGGCCUUUGGGAAGCUACUCCCUGUGGCUCCUUCUCGUUACUCCCAGCGAAGUGGGCAGGAAGGAAAUGUGGUCUCUGGCAGCACGCAGGGAGAAAGCAUUUUUCUCUCAGUGUUAGAAAGAAAAAUGGAGACAUUUAGAGUGGUUUUUAUGGCUGAGAGUUGGGCGUGUCAGGAGAACAAGGAAAGGGGAGGCGGUGUGCUGUCGCCCCGCCGUAAAUGCUCUGGAGUUGGCACGGACUCUGGCGUAGAGGAUGGCGGGGACGAAAGCUGUUGGUGCUGAGGUGGAGACAAGUAAGUAGUGAAAUGGAAAAAAUGCUGGUGCUGUAUGUAGACUGUCAGGCUGCUCGGGUCAUAUUGCACACGUAGAAAGAUUAUGAUAGGAGUGAUAGAUGAAAAGCAAAUGUGGGGCCAGCGCUGUGGCAUAGCGGGUAAAGCUGCCGCCUGCAGUGCCGGCAUCCCAUAUGGGCGCCGGUUCAAGUCCCGGCUGCUCCACUUCCAAUCCAGCUCUCUGCUAUGGCCUGGGAAAGCAGUAGAAGAUGGCCCGAGUCCUUUGGCCCCUGCACCUGUGUGGGAGACCUAGAAGGAGCUCCUGGCUCCUGGCUUCGGACUGGCACAGGUCUGGCUGUUGCAGCCAAUUGGGGAGUGAACCAGUGGUUGGAAGACCUCUCUCUCUCUGCCUCUCCUUCUCUGUGUAAC